GUUACAAUGGCUUCAAGGCCUGAAUUUGGUGUAUCUUCAUCAAGAUUCUUAAAAGGAAGAGGUGAAAAGCCCUUUUUGGGAUCUACGCGCGCAACCACCUCUUUUCAACAAUAUGGCCUGCCUACCAGUUCUGUUCAAAACGAAGCUUCCAGUGUAGAUCAGCGAUUCGAUGAAAUAAACAUGUUGGAUAACCUCGAAAUGCGCUUUGGAUUUGAACGAUAUCAGGAAGGUCCUGAAAGACUGGGUUGGUUAUUGAAUAUGCAUGAAACGCUUGUCAAAGAUUCAGACUGGCCUUCAGGCAGAUCUGGUGUAGACUAUUAUUUUAUCAACGAUAAUGGUGAAACCUUCAAGACAACAUUAACCUACAGUCCUUAUUUCUAUAUAGGUUGUAAGCCAGGAACAGAAAGUGAAAUAGAAGAUUUUUUGACCCGUCGUUUUGAAGAUACAAUUGAGAAACUGAAGCGAGUCAAAAAGGAAGACUUGAAACAACCAAACCAUUUAAUUGGUAAUACCCGUACUUAUAUUCAACUUGUCUUUCGAAAUCAAUCCGACCUCUUCACUGUCAGAAGAUUUCUACUACCAAUAGCUAAAAAAAACCAAGAAAAAGUAAAUACAGUGGAUUCUUAUGCUGAAGUGAUCAACAUGACAAACAAUAUUGGAUAUGAACGAAAUUCGCAUUCAGCAGCCAUGUCAUCUCGCAAAAAUCCAGAAGAUGCAUUGAAAUACAUUACAGAUAUUCGAGAAUAUGAUAUCCCUUAUUAUGUACGAGUAGCUAUUGAUCUAGAUAUUCGAGUGGGUUUAUGGUAUACAGCAAAAGCAGCAUCCAAUGGCACUGUCAGUUUAUCAAGACAGCCUGAACUCGUACAUCGUCCAGAGCCUACUAUUUUAGCAUUUGAUAUUGAAACAACUAAAUUACCACUUAAAUUUCCAGAUGUUACAAUUGAUUCCAUUAUGAUGAUUUCUUAUAUGAUUGAUGGCAGAGGCUAUUUGAUCACAAAUCGAGAGAUUGUCAGCCAAGAUAUCGAGGAUUUUGAUUAUACACCCAAACCAGAAUUUGAAGGACCUUUUACUAUCUUUAAUGAAGAAGAUGAAGAAGGAGUCUUAAGACGAUUUUUUGAGCAUAUUCAAGAAGCAAGGCCUACCAUCUUUGUCACUUAUAACGGUGAUUUCUUUGAUUGGCCAUUUGUGGAAGGAAGAGCCAAAGUACAUGGCAUUGAUAUGUUUCAAGAAAUUGGUGUCUACAAAGACGAAGAAGACGAAUACAAAUGUAAACAUGCAACCCAUAUGGAUGCUUUUCGUUGGGUAAAGCGUGAUUCUUAUUUGCCUCACGGUAGUCAAGGCUUAAAGGCAGUGACAACAGCUAAAUUAGGCUAUAAUCCUAUGGAACUGGAUCCUGAAGACAUGACACGGUUUGCUAGUGAACAGCCUCAAGUAUUAGCACAGUAUUCAGUAUCAGAUGCUGUAGCUACUUAUUAUCUUUACAUGAAGUAUGUCCAUCCUUUUAUUUUUUCAUUAUGUAAUAUUCUUCCUUUGAUCCCUGAUGAAGUACUCAGAAAAGGUACGGGUACACUUUGUGAAUUACUCUUGAUGGUGGAGGCAUAUAAAGUCAAUGUGAUUAUGCCCAACAAACAUGCUGAUGGCAAAGAAAUGUUUUAUGAAGGUCAUUUACUUGAAAGUGAGACUUAUGUCGGUGGUCAUGUAGAAGCAUUAGAAGCAGGUGUAUUCAGAAGUGAUAUCAAUAGUGAUUUCAAACUUGAUCCUUCUGCUGCUCAAGAAUUAAUAGAACAACUCGAUGAAGCACUUAAAUUCACUAUUCAAGUAGAAGAGAAAAAGAACUUGGAUGAUAUUAUCAAUUAUGAUCAAGUCAAGGCAGAGAUUCAAGAAAAACUCGAAAUACUGCGUGAUAAACCACUUCGACAAGAACCGCCUUUGAUUUAUCACUUGGAUGUAGCUGCUAUGUAUCCCAACAUUAUCUUAACAAAUCGUUUACAGCCUGAUGCCAUGAUUGACGAGUCUGUCUGUGCUACUUGUGAAUUCAAUGUGACAGACAAGACGUGUGAUCGACGCAUGAAAUGGUUAUGGCGUGGUGAAUACUUUCCUGCUAAACGUAAUGAAUACCGUAUGAUUGAAAACCAAUUAAGCCUUGAAACAUUUCCUUCAAAAACAAUGCAUGGCCCACCUCGAAACUGGAAUGCCUUAUCAGAGGCAGAGCGAUCAUCAUUACUGCGUUCACGUCUCUCUGACUAUAGUCGGAAAGUAUACAAAAAAGUCAAAGAGACAAAGAUGGUUGAACGAGAAUCCAUCAUUUGUCAAAGAGAGAACCCGUUCUAUAUUGAAACUGUGCGUGCCUUCCGUGAUCGUCGUUAUGAAUACAAGGGUCUCCACAAGACAUGGAAAGGCAAACUGGAUGGUGCUGUCCGUGAUGGAUCAGCUACUAAGAUUGCUGAAGCCAAAAACAUGAUUGUGCUGUACGAUUCACUUCAAUUGGCUCACAAGUGUAUUCUCAACUCGUUUUAUGGUUAUGUGAUGCGUAAAGGUGCUCGUUGGCAUUCGCUUGAAAUGGCUGGUAUUGUCUGUCUAACAGGUUCAAAUAUCAUUCAAAUGGCUCGUAAACUUGUUGAGCGCAUUGGCCGUCCUCUUGAAUUGGAUACAGACGGUAUUUGGUGUAUUUUACCUAAAAGUUUCCCUGAACAAUUCACAUUUAAACUGGCCAAUGGUAAAUCCUUCCGUAUCGAUUAUCCUUGUACCAUGUUGAAUCACUUGGUUCAUGCACAAUUCACAAACGAUCAAUAUCAACGUUUGGCUAAUCCCGAGACAUUUGAAUACAGUGUUAGUAAAGAAAACAGUAUCUUUUUCGAAAUCGAUGGCCCUUAUCGAGCCAUGAUUUUACCUUCUUCUACAGCUGAAGACAAGUUGCUCAAGAAACGUUAUGCUGUCUUCAACAAGGACGGAUCUCUAGCUGAACUUAAAGGGUUUGAAGUCAAGCGUCGUGGUGAACUGAAGCUCAUCAAAAUUUUCCAAUCUGAAAUCUUCAAGGUCUUUUUGGAAGGCAACUCAUUAGAAGAAUGUUAUUCUGCUGUGGCUAAAAUUGCAGAUCGAUGGUUGGAUGUCUUGUACAGUAAAGCAGUCAACUUGGCAGAUGAAGAACUGUUUGAUUUGAUUUCAGAGAACCGUAGCAUGUCUAAAACAUUGGAAGAAUAUGGUGCCCAGAAAUCCACAGCUAUCAGUACAGCUCGACGUUUGGCUGAAUUCUUGGGCGACCAAAUGAUCAAAGACAAAGGUCUUGCCUGUAAAUUCAUUAUUUCAGCUCGUCCUUAUGAUCUACCUGUGUCUGAACGUGCUGUGCCAGUCGCUAUCUUUCAAGCAGAACCUACAGUCCGAAAACACUUUUUGAGAAAAUGGCUUCGAGACAAUUCAUUAGAAACCUUUGAUAUUCGCGAUAUUCUUGAUUGGGGCUAUUAUCUUGAACGAUUUGGCUCUGUUAUUCAGAAGCUGAUUACGAUUCCUGCAGCUAUGCAAAAAGUACGAAACCCUGUGCCUCGAGUAAGACAUCCUGAUUGGUUGUUUAAGCGUGUCGCAGCAAAAGACGACAAGUUCAAACAACAUCGCAUCACAGACAUGUUUUCUAAAACAGACAAACUGGUGAUAGAUGAUCGUAUGGAUAUUGACGAUAUUGAAGAUUUGGGUGUUUCUGGUUCGAGUUUGAAUGGUAUCUUACCUAAAAGAGGCACUGUAACAAAACGUAAAGUGUUUGAUAUUCAUGCACCCUUACCGCCUGAAGACCUGAAAGAAAACAUGCCUGAUUGGAACGAAGAUUAUCCUGCAUGGCUCGAGUUUCAAAAGCGUAAAUGGAAACGUCAACGGCUGAUUCGUCAACACAACAGACAAGCAGGUAUUCAAACUACAGGCACACAAAACAGAGAAAGUGUAGGCACUUUCUUUAGAAAGCAAACAGGGUCGCUUGCCACAAGUCCAUGGGAGGUGCUUCAGAUUGUAGAGACUGAUAUUCCCGGUGAAUACCGUAUGUGGAUCAUGGUGCAGGAUCAAAUGUUUAACAUUCGUUUGACUGUACCAAGAAUCUUUUAUCUGAACAGCAAUCAAGAGAACCCCACGUCCGUGACAGAGCAACGUCCAAACUGUCAAAUGGUCAAAUGCAUGCGUACUUUACCUAGAUCUCACCCAAUGAUGCAUUUAUAUCAAAUGUCUAUGCCAGAAACCACUUAUCAAGAUGAAAUCAAAAAGUUCCUCAAUAUCUUUAACCAUCCUUCUACAGAAGGCGUCUAUGAAACACAAGUGCCCUUAUUGAUUCGAGCCAUUUUACAGUUGGGUGCUACCUGCCAAUUCGAUAGAUCCAAGGGUACAAACAAGAAAAUGGACGAUCAGUUCAACCUGUUUGAUUUGAUACAACGCACUGACUUAUCCAAGAAUUAUAUGAUUCAACCCAGCCAAUUUCAUUACCUUUACUUGUUCCAUGCUCAUUCAGACAGUCGUCAUUUCUUUACGCUUGUAGGUUCUACACUACCUGUAUCUCAGGUGUUUAUUGUGGGUCUCUCCAAAAAGAACCAGCAAGUACCCAACAUCAGUCGUAUGUAUCGAGAGAAAUACACAAGUGCGUUUGGCACCCAUAGUCCCACCAAUACAACUGUGGUCUUGCCAGAAACCAUGGAUUUCGAAGUAUCCUACUGUAAUUCAGAAUCCGAGGCUCUGAAAGCCAUCAACAAGACCUUGUCAAACUAUCUGGACACAAGACGUGGUAAAGCCAUCUUGGCCAUCAAUUCACCUCGUUCCUCUGCCCACUUGAUACAACACGCCCGUGCCAUUACUUCUUUACCCUUUGUGCGUAUUCCUUCUUUACAAGAGGACAAUCGAUUUGAAGCACUGACUUGGGUUCAGCCUAUCAUUUUACGUAUGAUCAAGGCCUAUAUGGAACUGGGUACUUGGCUAGAUGAAAAAGUGGCUCAAGCAAGAUAUGCUAAUAUCCCAUUCUGUAAUAUCUCGGACGAUCCUUGCUUGUUCAUGGCUGAUGUUAUGUUUGCUCGUAAGCUGAUACAGAAUGAUAUGGUGCUUUGGUGGUCUGCUCGCUCUUUGCCAGAUCUAGGUGGGCGUGAAGAAGACGAAAGUUUAGCUAUGAACGAGAUUGUGAAUACAGAACUUAGCUAUCCCGGUGUGUAUGAAACAGUAUGUGUGGAAAUUGAUGUCGUUCGACUCUGUCUUAAUACGUUGAUGGAGGCCAAUGUGGUGAAUGAACUCGAAGGAACAAUGGGUCUAGGUGGCUUUGAUGCUGUGGUGGGCCAUACUUUGGACGAUUAUGCACACGGCACUAACACAGUGAUGUAUGGUGAAGGCAUGAUUUCCAACAAGACAUUUGCUACUCUUCGGUCUAUUGUUCAACAAUGGUUUCACCAAGCCAUGACAGAUAAAUCCAGUCGAUUUGGCGAACAUAUGGUUGAUUCACUUCAUCGCUGGCUGUUAAGUCCAAUUUCAUUUAUGCACGAUCCUUCUCUGUAUGCUCUUGUUCAUAGUAUGAUGAAAAAGGUGUUUAUGCAACUGGUCGCUGAAUUCAAGCGAUUGGGAGCUAAUGUCGUGUUUGCCAAUUUCCAUAAAGUGGUCUUGACAACCUCUAAAGAGACACUGGAAAGUGCCUUGCCUUAUUUCGAAUACUUGUAUCGCUCUAUUCAGCGUAAACAAGUGUUUGAAGUACUUGAUCUGAAGCCUGUUCUCUAUUGGGAUGUGUUGCUUUGGAUGGAUGAAAAGAACUAUGCAGGUGUGAUGGUCUCUCGUACGUCUAAUCAAGGACAACCGAUGGUCACUAAAAAAUGGAAUAUUGAAGAAUAUUUGCCUCCAGUGGCUCGUAGCUUGUUUAGCAAACAGACGUCUGCUUUUGUGUUCAAGAUCUUUAGUUUUAAGCGACAAUUUCCUCGGGACAUUGGCAAACAAUUAAAGCAGACAGAUCAAUCCAUACCUGAUCCCCGAGUAGAAAACUUGCGUCUGUAUGUCAAGCAAGAUGUGGCUCGUAAAAUGCUUCGUGUGGUGCCUAAUUUGGUUCGACAGCAAGAAGAACAGAUGGCUCAUCCUGAUCCAGACUUGGUUUUUCCUCAAUUAGCAGGUUCUCAUCUUGAUAUGGACAAUCCCGCCCUGGAGUAUGUCAAGUCUGUCUGUGCCGUCUUGGGCUUAGACAGUCGUGUCGAAGAUGAAGUGCGUAUCUUGAAGCGUAGUGCACUUGAAUUCGUGGGCAAUGUGAGUGACUUCAGCGAACUGGCUCAAUUCCAAAAUCCUUGUGAAUACUUUAAAUUGACAGAAGUCAUCUGUACUUACUGCAACUACACAACCGACUUGGAUUUCUGUCGAGACAGAGAAUUAAUGCCUCGUCAAGGACAACCACCCGCAUGGCGUUGUAAAGGCUGUCGAUCUGAAUACGACAAAAGACUGAUUGAAGACAGGAUGAUUACUCAAAUCCAAACAUGGUUUACAGCCAAUGACCUUCAAGACCUGAAUUGUCCUCGUUGUCAUACUAUCAAAAGAGAGAAUUUACUAAGACAAUGUGAUCGUUGUGGCAGUGGCUAUCAAAAGACGAUUGACAAGGCAGAACUAGAGCGUAAAAUCAAAGUAUUUAAAAACAUAGCUAGAGAACAACAGCUUGUUAAACUGACAGAAAUCAUUCAACACUAUUCCAUGUAAAUAAAAACUUCCUCUUUUUUUUUUUUAUUCAUUAAUUUUUAUGGCUUCACCUUCACUCAAGAUCACUUUAAAA